AUGCUUUAUUUUUAUACUUUAAUUAUUAAUAUAAUUCCAUUAGUGAAUUCAUUUUUAUUAAAAUUUGAAACAAGUUGUAAUUCAUCUCAAUUUAUGGAUCUAGAAAAUUUAAUUGGUUCAUUUCAUAGAUAUACACCUGACAAUAGUCAGUUAAUUGUACGUGAUAUGGGUUUAACUAUUGGACAACGAAAAUUAUUAAAAAUGUAUCAAAAUAUUCAAAUUAUUCCAUUGAAAUAUAAACACAAAGAAAAUAUUUCAAUAAUAAAUGUUAAAAACGAAUUUUUUUUAAUAAAUAAUACACUUUUUAAUCAUUAUAAUAAUGGUAAAUAUAAUUAUAUUGAUUUAAUUCGAAAACGAUUUUAUCUUGCUAUUGUUAUUCCAUUUAUUCGAAGUCAAUUUAAUAAUUUAAUUGAUCAAUUAAAUUUUGAAAAAAUUUAUUCACCAUGUCGAAAUCAAUUAAAUUCUAUUGAUUUAAUAUUAUAUCAUAAUGAAAAUAAAUUAUCAAAAUUAGAUAGUAUAACUCGUCAAAUAAACUAUUCAAAUAAGUGUUUUAAAAAUAUUCGAAUUUUUGCUGCAGAUUUAUCGAAAAAAGAAAAUCGAUAUCCACUUGGUAGUGCUAUAAUGUGGAAAAAAUUAUUUAUCAAUGAACAAUUUAGUAAUAUUUCAUUACGUUAUUAUGGUUAUACACAUUUUUUUCUUAUGGAACCUGAUACACGACCAAUUCGUUCAUAUUGGUUAGAUGCUAUUGUUGAACAAAUAAUCAAUAGUCAAGAUAGAGAAUCAUAUAUUACAACACAAUGGUGGAUGAUCGGAUCAAUUUAUCGUGGUUUUCAACCCAUUGGACAACGUUUUCUUCAUAUAAAUGGAAAUGCAUUGUAUCAUUUAUCAUUAAAUUUUAUUCAAUUUAUUGAAUAUUUUGCAUAUGAACAACAAUUUGAUUCGAAAGAAUCAGUUGGAUAUGAUCUUGAUUUAUUUUUAUAUUUAUUGAAAAAUACAGAUAAAGGAAAAAAAUUUUGGCAUAAAUUUCAAUUUUCAGAUUUUAUUCAAAAUUGUUGGCAUACAAGUUGUAAUGAAACAAAUAUAGAAUUUUUAUAUGAUAAUCCAAAUACUUAUCUUAUUCAUGGAAAUAAAAUUCAACAGAAAUUAAGAAAAAGUUCAUUUACAAAAUCCGAUAGGAUUAUCAUAUUAAUAAUAUAUAUUUUGCUUGUAAUUGUUAUUGUAAAACGAUUUAUACAUGUUUGUUGGAAAUCGUUUUAUAAACGAAUUUUUUUAUUACGUAUUAUUUUGAAAUAA